UCCCUUCAGGGAUUCUGUAGCUUUCUCAGCUUUACGAGACCUAGUUAGCCUUCAUAUGUCAGAACACCUUUUCACCAAGACUGCAUAGUUUUCAUGGUUUCCAAUAGAAGUAAGCCUGUGAGUUAGGAUAUAGGGAUAAAACAGAACUCUGACAUACUGAAAAAUUGCCUUUGGGUUUGGAAGCCUUAGAAAAAUAAAAUUUCUUCACUUACAAACAAUCCCUAGUCUAUUUUUCAUGUUUCUUUUAUUUAAACUGCAUCGGGACAGGGCAUUACAAUUGUCCACAUGAGGAAUUAUUUCAAGAAACAGCCAGGUCACACAGACAGUUACAUAUUCCGUCUUUGACAUGAACAUGUAGGAUCUCAACUAAAACAGACCCACUGUUACUGUUAUCCAAGUGCUUGCACAUCUUGAUACAGUCUCAGAGAAGCCACACUAAUUUUAGUUCCUCUGAUGCCUGGGUGUUUACAUCCCCAAACCCUUUCCCCCCACAGCUAUCUUUAUUCUGUAGCACCUCUUUCUGGCUUAUACUUUCCUUUGCAUAGUAAACAUUCUCAGGAUACCCAGUUUCCUGUUUUCAUGUAUUUCCCCUCUCGGUGGUCUGCUGUUGAGAUCUGUAUCACCCUGAAAGAAAAAAGAGAGAGAGGCUGAGAAAAUCCUUGUGGACCAGAGCCAGGAGUUCUGACAUCUCUGCCUCCUUCUUAAUAGAAAGACAGUGUCCCCAGGAUGCUUCCUUCCUCAUAAUGGACACCAUCAUUGGGUCAUAGCUGGUUCAUUCCGCCUGAGGUUGUGAAGGUUUAGACAUCUUUGGGCUUGGGGUGCCCAACUGGGCCUGGACUCUAUACAGGCCAUCGAGAAGGCUGGAGUGCCAUCCCCUGGGACAGAGUGCCCACCACGAGCCUGCCUGUGGUGUCUCAUGAGGGGCCAGCAGGCUUGUUUUGCCAUUGUGAUAUGCCUUCCCAAGAAGGAAAAGCUACUGCUCAUCACAUCCCACACGUGGAUUUCCAAAAUUAGCAAGAUUUCCUUAUGGAAAUUAUGGAACACUCGUACCCAACGGGGCCCUUCACAGCCUCACACAUGGCAGUGCUUCUAGCUUCAUCUCUCACCCCAUUUCUCUCCCCUCUUCCUGAGCUCCUCUUCUCUAGCUAUGCUGUUCCCUUGUAUGAAUCCAGCUUCGGCACUGUUGGCAUAUGAAUUCCAUCUGGAAUUCUCUUCUUUCCUUCUCUAUCUGGUGAGCAAUCAAUUUUACUUAUUCUUUUUAAUUUCCAUUAAACAUUUUGUUCUUUCUCAUUUAUUUUAAUUAAUACCAGAAACUAAUACUUUUAUAAAAUACAUUGAUCAUGCACUUGGAUGUCAUAGCAGUAUCAAUUGUUAUAAAAAUUUCUAAAAGCUUCCUCUCAGUUUCUGUACUUUUGUUGUCUUGGGCAGGUGACAAACAGGGACCACUCGUGGAGUGGCACCGCCUUAGGCUUUUCUACGGGUCACAUCCUCCGUGAAGGUGCUCCACCCAGCCACCUCAGGUUAAACCAGUCACUCCUCCCCUGUGAUCCUCCCCGGUGAGAUGCAAACACGGCAUCACAGAACAUUUGCUCACAGCCCUGUGGUGAUGUGUGCUUCUUCCUCUCCACCAGAUUCCGAGCUCUGCCAGGGAGGGUGUCCUUUCUUAUUGAUUAUUCAUCUCUGUGUCUCAGAGUCCAGACCUAGGCCCUGUUCAGAGCCUGGUUAGUAUUUGUGCCACUGAAUAUAAAGCCACUUUGGAAAACUAAACUCUUGUGGGGUCUUGGCUCAGUGUUGACUCAUGUACUGGUUUGCUUAUGACACCUCAGGGCUACGGAUGGCAUAUCUAGCCCUGUGACCAGCUAGGGGAGAUGGGAUAAAAGAGCCUCAUCACCUCUGGGUGCUUGUUGUCAGGACUGUGGCCUCAUGGUGUGGAGACAGAGCAGUUGGACCAGGACCAGCAAGCCCCAGCAAUUAACAGUCCCCAGGCCAGGGCAGAGAAUCUGUUUUACAAGAUGGCUAAUACCGGAGACUAAGACUUUGCAGGUGGAAGGACUCUAAUACCUCCUGAGUCUGGGUGAAAGGCCUCCAGACUCCUUAGGACAAGGACCACAGCCCAACUGGCAGGGUGCUGGCGCUGCACAGUGACCUCUGAGGGGAGGAAGUGGCCUUCCCUGCUGAGGGUGGCCUGGUCCUCCACAGGCGGCCCAGGCCGGGCCCCCCUCCCACCAGCACCAGGCAGCGUGCACGCUUACAUCAGUCAUGGCUUUCUUGGCCCUCUCGUCAGCAGAGCGGAACUCACUGAUGAGCUCCUCGUGCUCGUUGGAGAUGCGCUGGACAUCCGACUCCAGCUUGCGCUUGACCACGAGGAGGCUUUGGUUCUGGAAGAGAAAAUAAAGACAUUGCCAUGAGACAGAAGUCUGCACAGCCCUUCCUGUGUCCAGGAAAGAGAAACAACUCUCUUACAGACAUACUCGCCAAACCCCCCAAUAGGAAAUGGCCCUGGACCCCCUGCUUGAGGUGGUUGACUGUUCCAGUCAAUAUGCCGACUUUGGAUGCUCCAGAAGAGAGGCUGAGAAAAUUUAAGUACCGAGGCAAAGAUGCAUCUAUGAGGCGGCAACAGCGGAUGGCAGUCAGCCUGGAGCUCCGGAAGGCCAAGAAAGAUGAGCAGGCCUUAAAGAGGAGAAAUAUCACCAAUGUCUCCUCUGACCCAGCUUCUGAACAACUAACCAAAGGGGUCAGCCUCAACCUGCAAGAAAUAAUCAAUGGUGUGAAUGCCUCAGAUCCAGACCUAUGUUUCCAGGCCACCCAGGCAGCCAGGAAAAUGCUGUCCCGUGAAAGGAACCCUCCUCUAAAACUGAUUGUUGAAGCCGGGCUCAUUCCUAGGCUGGUGGAGUUCCUGAAGUCCUCACUUCACCCCUGCUUGCAGUUCGAGGCAGCCUGGGCUCUGACCAACAUUGCUUCUGGGACUUCAGAGCAGACUCAGGCAGUUGUGGAAAGUGGGGCCAUCCAACCUUUGGUUGAGCUCCUGUCUUCCCCCCACAUGACUGUGUGUGAACAGGCAGUGUGGGCCCUUGGUAAUAUAGCAGGUGAUGGCCCAGAAUUCAGAGACCUGGUUAUCUCGAGCAAUGCCAUUCCACAUCUGCUGGCCCUGGUUUCAUCAACCAUACCUAUCACGUUUCUGCGGAACAUCACAUGGACUUUGUCCAACCUUUGCCGAAACAAGAGCCCUUACCCCUGCAAGAAAGCAGUGAAGCAAAUGUUGCCCGUGCUCUUCCACCUCCUGCAGCAUGAAGAUGCCGAGGUUCUCUCGGACACCUGUUGGGCCCUGUCCUACCUCAGUGAUGGCUGUAAUGAGCGCAUCGGCCAAGUGGUAGACACGGGUGUCCUACCCAGGCUGGUCCAGCUCAUGACCAGCUCGGAGCUCAAUAUCUUGACCCCCUCUCUCCGCACCGUGGGGAACAUCGUCACAGGAACGGAUCACCAGACCCAGGUGGCCAUUGACGCGGGCAUCCUGAACGUGCUGCCCCAGCUCCUGAUGCAUCCCAGGUCCUCCAUCCAGAAGGAGGCGGCUUGGGCCUUGAGCAACGUGGCUGCAGGGCCCUGCCAGCACAUCCAGCAGCUGAUUGCUUGUGGCACGCUGCCUCCCUUGGUGGCUCUGCUAAAAAAUGGAGAAUUUAAAGUCCAGAAAGAGGCUGUUUGGACCGUGGCAAACUUCACAACUGGAGGCACCAUAGACCAGUUGAUCCAGCUUGUCCACUCUGGAGUCUUGGAGCCACUGGUGAAUCUGCUUACCAUCCAAGACCCCAAAAUUGUUACCAUCAUCCUUGAUGUUAUCUCUCUUAUCCUCAAGGCAGCAGAGAAGCUUUCAGAGAAGGAAAACAUGUGUCUCCUGAUAGAAGAAAUCGGUGGUGUUGAUAAAAUUGAGGCCUUGCAACUUCAUGAGAACCCUCAGGUUGCCCUGACUGCUUUGAACAUUAUUGAGAACCAUUUUUGUGAGGGAGAAGAAAAUGGCACAAUAUUACCAGCCCUGGACCAAGAUUGUGAAUUCUUAAACCACUUAACAAAAAAUUACCAAGGCCCCAUGACUUCUAAACCAAGGACCACACCCUAAUGGGUAACUUCUUUAAGAAUCUUCUAGAUCUUGGCAUGCCGCAGGUGUAAAGCUUUUUAAACUGAAUGUUAAUAAAAGUUUCAACACAUUCACCUCCAUCUAUCAAAAACGCCGUUAAAACAAUUGCGUCUUAAAGCCAUGUGGAAUUCAUCUCCUAAGAAUGUGUGGUUUAGUGGUUACCUUUAAGGAUCUUAAAGGAAGACACUAAAAACAGUAAAAUGGUCUAUAGCUAUUUAAGACAAACUUUGGCUUGUAGACUUGAUUUAACCAGUAAUUCGUAUUUCUUUCCCCUUCCCUUUUCAUGGAAUGCCUGUUAGUACAGAACAUUCUUCAGGGAAAGCUGUGUGGGUGAUGGUCAUAAGGAGAGUAGAAUGGGCUGGGAAGGACCUAGGACCACAAUACUAGGUAGUGUUGUGAUGGAUGUGGGAUAUGCUCUGAGGAUUGGACUUGAUUUAUAUUAUUUGAGUGUAGAGAUGGGAUCAAAUUCUAUCGUGGUCUGAAGCAUCACACCAAAAUGUCAUGCCUAAAGCAUGUCUUCGCUGGUCCUUGAUAAGUGAGGAGGAAAGAUGUGUGGGUGUCUGUCUAAAAUACUGCUGGGGGCUGGGGCACCUGGGUGGCUCAGUCAGUUGAGCGUCCGACUUCAGCUCAGGUCAUGAUCUUACAGUCCAUGAGUUCGAGCUCUGCAUCGGGCUCUGUGCUGACAGCUCAGAACCUGGAGCCUGCUUCGGGUUCUGUGUCUCCCUCUCUCUCUGACCCUCCCCUGUU